AUGCUUUAUUUCCCACCUACAUUAAACUGUCCCCGUCCCGGCUCAGAUUUGAUGCACAUUACUCGGAGUGACAGAGUGACGAUGGGCCUGGACGGGAAGCUGUACUUCGCGAACCUCGUGAAGAGUGACAGCAGAGAGGACUACAUCUGCCACGCCCAGUACAGAGAGGCCAGGACUAUUCUACCUGCCACUGCUGUCUCCCUCUCUGUCAAGCCGAGUAACAGCGUGGCUCAUGGAGGAAAACCCGAGUUCUUCCAUCACAGGAACCACUCCCAAAUAUCAGCCCUGAAGGGGAACAACAUCACCCUGGAAUGUUUACCCAGAGGCCUACCCACACCUCAGGUGGAAUGGAAGAAAAAGGAUGGUGUCCUGGCAGACACAACCGGCCAAGUUAUUAACUUUGACCGCUGGCUCCACUUCGACAACAUCACCCUGGAUGACGACGGCGAGUACGAAUGCAAAGCCUCCAACACCCACGGCUCCAUCACGCGCUCCUUCACGGUCACUGUGGAAGCGGCUCCUUACUGGAUGAAGGAGCCUCAGAACCUGAUGUACACUCCCGGGGAAACAGUCCGACUGGACUGUCAGGCGGACGGCAUCCCGAGGCCCAGCAUCACCUGGAGGAUCAACGGUCAGCUGUUAACAGAAGUGGAUGAAGAACCUCGGCGCACGGUGACCGCAGGAACGCUCAUAAUGAAAGACGUGAACAUUGGCGACACGGCCGUGUACCAGUGUGAAGCCAAAAACGACCACGGCUCCAUCCUCCUCAACACCUACCUCUACGUCGUCGAGCUCCCCCCUCAGAUCCUGUCCCCUGAUGGGUUCAUCUACAACGCCACCAAGGGCCGAGACGUCGCACUGCACUGUGAGUCUUUUGGCUCGCCACGACCCCGCAUCACAUGCAACUCCUCAGACCACCACAGCACGCCACCUGCUGUUCCCUCCAUCAACCCUACAGGAGUGCGCAGUAACUCCUCAGAACCAGGGACACUGAUCAUCACGUGGGAUGAGAUAGACAAGCGUUUCCAUAACGGCCAGAACUUCCAGUACGAGGUGCUGUGGAGGGAGGCCGAUGGGUCAAAUGUAAACUGGAACUCCGGCCGUGUGAGGUCUCCACCGUUCAUAGUGAACAACACAGGAACGUACACACCGUUUGAGAUCAAAGUCCGAUCUGUCAACGCUCUCGGAGGAGGACCGGAACCAAAGUCGAGGAACGGGCACUCCGGAGAGGACAAGCCAGAGGAAGCGCCGACUGGAGUUUCAACCACCGUGCUGAACAGCACCAUCAGAGUGAGCUGGAACAAAGCCCAGAGGGUCCGAGGUUGGCUGCUGGGAUACAGGAUCUACUAUAAGAGGCUGGCUCCCAAGGCCGAACGGAGCCGGAGGUCUCUCAGACAAUCCCAACAUGAGGAGGACAGAGGAGAAAGAUCUAAACAAUUGAGUGAGACAGACGAGCACAGCUGGCAGGUGGAGGAGGUUGACCAUAGCAAGACCUCAGCGGAGGUGACGGGACUGCGACUGUUUUCUGAGUAUGAGCUGACGAUCACUGCGUUUAACAGCAAAGGGGAGAGUCCUCGCUCCCCGCCGCACCACUUCCACACACCGGAGGGAGUUCCUGGUCCUCCUGCAACUCUGGAGUUUGAAAGCCCGACAGAAAAAUCCCUGAUUCUCUCCUGGAGCCAUCCAGCUGAGACCAACGGCAUUCUGCUGGGAUACAUAGUGCAGUACCAACGGGAGGUGGAAAGCAAAGACAGUCCUGUGGAGAUACUGAAUGUCAAUGAUCCCACAGUAAAGCACAUCACGCUGGACAACCUGGACCCCGACAGCCAUUACAUCUUCAAAGUAACAGCAUGCACAAAGAUUGGACAAGGCCCUCCCAUCACACGCAGGGGAGCCACUCUGCUUGAUGGAGAGCCUCCGAGAAACAUCACAGUAACCUCUGGUAACGCAUCAGUCCACCUGAGCUGGGUGCCCGGAGAGAGAAACCGAAACCACGGCUUCCACAUCCAAUACCUCAAGAAGAGCGGAGGCGGUGGGUGGGAGAAGUCAGAACAGGUCAACACUACGCAGGGUUUCUAUAUGCUGACAGGCCUCCAACCAGGAGCUCAGUACCACCUGAGGGUCAUGCAUGGAAACUCCACUUAUUGGCAAGGCGAGGCAAAGACCGUGGAACCACUGCCGUCAGAGAUAACCGGCAGGUUCGCCACCCAAGGCUGGCUGAUUGGACUCAUCAGCGCCAUCGUGCUGCUGGUUCUCAUACUGCUCAUCCUCUGCCUUAUCAAACGCAGCAAGGGCGGCAAAUAUGCAGUGAAGGACAAAGAAAGUAAGGAGGUGGACUCUGAAGCUCGACCAAUGAAAGAUGAAGCCUUUGGAGAAUACAGAUCCCUGGAGAGCGAUGGCGAUGAGAAGCGCUCGGACAGCCAGCAGUCUCUGGAGGAAAGUAAGAUGGGCAGCGUCGACUCUCUGGCUGAAUACGGGGACAGUGUGGACAUCCAGUUCAACGAGGACGGCUCCUUCAUCGGCCAGUACAGCGGCCGGGCAUCUGUUCCCCACGGCAACGAGAGCUCGGGCCCCGCCUCCCCCGUUAAUGCAGUCCCACCUCCCCCCGUCGCUCCCUCCAUGUCGAGCAUCCUAAAUCGGCCCAGCUAGAGACACACAUGGCCAAAACACACACACACACACACACACACACACACACACACAAUGUCAGUACAUUCCAUUGGUUUAUGCAGUGAAGCUGUUUACAGUUUACAAACACACACAAAAACACACACACAUACAACGUGAUUAGAAACUCGUAUGAGCGAACAAACUGAGUGAGGUGAGGGCGAGAGCUGCACCAGCUGCUCCUGAGCUCGGUGAGUCAGGUUACAUGAGCUCAGUCUGUUUGCAGGAUUGUUACUGAACAUGUAAAACUUCUGACGCGUAGCCCGCCGAAGACACGCAGCGAAUGUUAUUCUGGUCUGCAGCAUCUGAUUCAGCUUCACAUGUCAGUAACUACUCACAUAGAUUAACACCCAAAUGAGUACAUGGAGACAGUUUAAGAGCUAUGAAACUUCAAUUGAAUUCAUAAUAAAGGGAUACAAAACAGACUAGUUCUUAUGUAGGAUUAUUAAUGAAUAUUUAAAAUUCUGGACUAACUUUUUGUAGACAGUGACCACAAAGCAAACAGUUUGCUAGUCUGGAAGAACCAAGUGACAGCUGAUUGGCUAACGGUGAAUAUCAGCUUAAACAUAAAAAUAAAAUAAUAAAGCUUAUUAAUACUAAUUCUGAUAAAGGAUCCAUUCUCUGUGCAUUUUAGCUAAUACAGUUUGAGCUUCUGAUGUCCUCUCCGUACCCUUCAUGACGAGUUCUGACACCUCAGCAUAUCUCAAACUAGAAAGUCACCUGAGCGGCUGCAGGUGGAGCUCCCUCUGAGGUUCUUUGGCUCUAACUGACAUACAUCUCUGGAUUUAUCUGGACUUCACCAGGUUUGUAGUGACCAUGUUGUGGUUUGUUUACACGAUGGAAAGCUUUGUAAUUGGGCACAAACAAUUUAUUGUUUACUAAAAUCUUUCCUGAUUUUAUGAAUGUAAUUGUGAAUUAAGUCGGGACUCGCUGAGAUGGCCUUAAAGUGAAACCAGUGAAACCAGUCUCAGUCUCAUAAGGAAAUGAGUUUCAUGGCUCAGAGUGUUGCGUCUGAUUCUUGGUUGCUCCAUCUGUCCACCAGGACAAAGCUGCUCUUUGACUUUUUACCUUAGAGUGGUGUUUGCACAUGACGCAGUAAAGUUAGACUUUAAAUAGAAACUUAGAGAAGCUGGUGCAGCUCAGCCCAGGAGACGGAGAUGAUUUAUGGGAGAGCGUCACAAAGAAAAAGCAAAAAUCUGGGAGUUUUUCAUCUUUCAUCUUGGACCAAAUCACUUUAUUUCAUCGUAAACAAACAUUUCAGUCUCUUUUUGUUUCCUUAGCAUAUUUAUAUGUCGAUU